AAGCAAAAUUGAAACGGUGGUGUAAUGGUGUUAGCAACCUCGAAUGAUGCUUCAAGGAGAUGGGAGUAAGUCAGAAAUUUUGUAACUUUUUUUGACUCAACCACUCCCACCCACUCUAAUAAAAUCCGCCUCCCUCCCUCGCUUGCCUUUCCACUCUUAUUAAUUCUUCGCGUUUGCGGUCUUUGGAGGUGCGCGAGCCAGCGGAGUUGGAAGCAGAGGAGAGCUAAUUUCCUUUCCUUCCACUUCACUCCUCCCCCGCCGCCUGAAGGAAUGGCCCCGACCCACUUCCCAGCUGAAGCAAAGGACCCUGCUGCUGCCUCGAAUCAGAAUGGAGGAGAGCCGAAGUCGCUUGUUGUCUGCUUUGGCGAAAUGCUGAUCGAUUUCGUGCCAACAGUGAGCGGGGUGUCGCUUGCUGAAGCUCCUGCUUUUAAGAACGCACCUGGCGGUGCUCCUGCCAAUGUUGCUGUUGGUGUAUCAAGACUAGGUGGUUCAUCAGCUUUUAUAGGCAAGUUAGGUGAUGAUGAAUUCGGCCGAAUGUUGAACGACAUUCUGAAACAAAACAAUGUCGACAACUCGGGCAUACGAUUCGAUCCGGAUGCUAGAACUGCACUGGCAUUUGUUACACUGAGAGCUGAUGGUGAACGGGAGUUCAUGUUUUACCGGCAUCCAAGUGCAGACAUGCUGCUCACUGAAUCAGAACUCGAGACCGAUAUCCUCAAUCAGGCCAAGGUAUUCCAUUACGGUUCGAUUAGUUUGAUCUCGGAACCAUGCAGAUCAGCACAUGUUGCAGCAAUGAGAAUUGCCAAAUCUUCCGGUGCAAUCCUCUCUUACGAUCCGAAUUUGAGACUGGCGUUAUGGCCCUCCGCCGAGGCUGCUAAAGAAGGAAUGAUGAGCAUAUGGAAUGAAGCUGAUAUUAUUAAGAUAAAUGAGGAUGAAAUUGUAUUCUUAACCGGUGGCGAUGAUCCAAAUGACGAUAACGUCGUCCUGAAGAAACUCUUUCAUCCCAACCUGAAGCUACUGGUUGUAACUGAAGGGUCAGCGGGAUGUAGAUAUUACACCAAGGAGUUCAAGGGGAGAGUUUCUGGGAUCAAGGUUAAAGCUGUCGACACGACUGGUGCCGGUGAUGCGUUCGUUGGUGGCUUCCUCAGCAGCCUAGCAUCUGAUCCCAGUAUUCUCAAGGACGAGAAGAGGUUGAAAGAGGCUCUAUACUUCGCCAAUGCAUGUGGCGCUGUGACUGUAACAGAGAAAGGCGCGAUCCCUGCGCUUCCGUCCAAGGAAGCUGUAGCCCAGCUCAUGAAGCAAGUUGUUGUGGCGUCCUCGUGAAAGUGAUUGCAGGGUUUGUUGCUUCGUCUUCUCUCACCCGGUAUGUCCGAAGCAGAAAAUGCUCGUUAUGGAAAAGCAUUCGUCGAAUCCAGAUGCAGGGGAUUUCUUGGCAUGAAUAGAAGGCUAUUGGUCUGUAAAAUGAAAACGGCCAGUUGGCCCGUGCUAAGUUUUUUUAACUUUUUUGUGCUUUCUUUUACUUUUCCUUGUAAUAAUAGUAUACCAGAACGUGAUCACUUGCAUAAAACAAGGAAAAUUUAAUAAUACGGGUGUUUGAUUCGGACAGAAGGGCUUCCUGUCCUGUUUCAUCAAUGGUGUGUUGUUCUCUUUUCCGAUUUGGGCUUCUCCCCAUCUUCCAUUGUGCCAACUUUGAACGAAGAAAGCUACAGCAUCUCU